AUGUGCUGGCUUUUCCAAUGGUUCACCAAGUGCCGUCAUUUCACCCUCCGUGAACUCAGCGAGUUCGACAUGUACAAAUACCGCUGCCAGUGCCCAGUGGUCAUCAACAACACUCGUGUCCAACGAGUCGAGGGCGAAUGCUACAUCUGUGAGCUAAAGGCCGAAGGUAGAAUCGGAGAAAGGGAAUGGCAAGAGGAAUUGGAGAGGAUGAACAAACAUGUCCUGGAGAAGGGUCCGGAUCUUAACACUAUCAGGGUUUCCUAG